AUGCCUUCUUACAUGGACCUAAAUGAGGAAGUUUACAUGGAACCACCACCUGGUCUUAAUGUUCACAAAAAGGGUCAAGUUUGCAGACUUAUUAAGUCCCUAUAUGGCCUAAAACAAGCUAGUAGGAAAUGGUUUGAAAAAUUGUCUACCUUUCUCACUUUUGUUAACUAUAUCCAAUCAAAGUCUGACCAUUCUCUAUUUAUCAAAGGAACGCCUACAAGAUUCUCAACCUUACUUGUUUAUGUAGAUGACAUCAUAUUGGCAGGGAAUUCCAUGGCAGAGAUCAACCACAUAAAGGGUCUUUUGCACAACAGAUUCCAAAUAAAGAAUCUAGGAGAACUCAAAUAUUUCCUAGACCUGGAGGUAGCGAGAUCUAAGAAAGGAAUUCAUUUGUCUCAAAGGAAAUAUGCCCUAGACAUUCUUAAGGAGACAAGAAUGAUGGGUUGCAAACCCUGCUCGACCCCCUUUCUAAGUGAUACAAGUUCACUAUAUAAGAUGGACAACUACUUGGAUGAUCAAAGCUCCUAUCGAAGACUGAUAGGGAAGUUGCUCUAUCUCACCAAAACUAGACCUGAUUUAUGUUUUUCUAUUAAUUUAUUAAGUCAAUUCAUGCAAUCUCCAACUGACUACCAUUAUCGGAUUAUUCAACAUGUUAUUAGGUACAUAAAGUCUAAGCCCUCGGAGGGAUUAUUCUUUUCGGCUGACUCUCCUACACAACUAAAGGCCUUCAGUGAUUCAGAUGGGGCAACCUAUCCCAAUACUAUAAGAUCUACUAUAGGAUUUUGCGUCUUCCUUGGAUCAUCCCUCAUCUCAUGGAAAUCCAAGAAACAAAGUAUUGUUUCUAGAUCUUCCACUGAGGCGGAAUGUCGUGCGCUAGCAGCAACUACCUGCGAGAUACAGUGGAUCCACUAUCUCUUAGACGAUCUACAGGUUCAGGAAGCUGGAACUCCAUCUCUCUACUGUGACAACAAAUCGGCCAGACACAUAGCUCAUAAUCAGAGUUUUCACGAAAGAACCAAGCAUAUAGAGCUCGAUUGCCACGUUGUUUGCGAGAAAUACAAGUUAAUCUUUUGUGUCUUCUCCCCGUUUGCUCGGAUGAACAACUAG